UGUUGAAAAAGAUGAAACGGAAGAAGGCUGUAGCGUGUGACAACGUUGACUCGGUUUCGUUCGAAUCGGCUUCCACUGUGAUUAUUCGACGUCGGUUGUGAUUGUCGGGCUUGAGGAGACGUGACUCAUGUUCGUAUCCCCAACUUUCAUCUUGUAUGAUCAAGCCUUUCGAAGAUUACCUUUUUGGUCGUUUCGUAAAAAGUUUUUCUUCCCGUUGCUGCGGACCUUUGUUCCAGAAGUCCUCUUACUUUUGUAAUGUUCGAC